GCCUCGAACGAGCACCAAUAAGAUGCACUGGAAUCGCAACCUGACUCCACCCCUCGCGCUUGCGUUCCCAGCGCUACUUCUCUGUCUCCGAGAAAAGAGGGCAAAGAAGAGCGAGGCGCUUCGGAAGGGUCUUUUAAGUCUGUCAUGGCUGAUCAGGUCAAUCACCCAACUGUAAUUCAGAAAUAUGCUGGUCAACUCCAUCUCAAGUCCAGCUUUUUGCAAGAUCCUAAAGCUCAGAGAUGCAGUUUGUAUAAUCCUGCUCUGUAUGAGAGGCACUUCACGACUGUAAACUACCUAAAUGGAGGUUUUCAGAAACCAUUCAUGCAGGUGGGCAGUUGUAACUAUGAUGCCUCCCCUGUGCUCUCUGUGCAUCCUGUUUAUGCUCAGGCUCCUGCUGAGAAAGGCUUUAAAAAUUUUGCUAUUGAUUUCCUCAUGGGAGGAGUUUCUGCUGCCGUCUCCAAGACAGCUGCCGCUCCCAUUGAACGUGUGAAGCUGCUGAUCCAAAAUCAGGAUGAGAUGAUCAAGGCUGGUCGCCUCUCUGAACCUUACAAAGGAAUCUCAGACUGUUUUGGCCGAACAAUUAGAGAAGAAGGUGCUUUGUCUCUGUGGAGAGGAAACACAGCUAAUGUCAUUCGUUAUUUUCCUACUCAGGCACUGAACUUUGCAUUUAAGGAUUAUUUCAAGAGGAUGUUUAACUUUAAGAAAGAUAAGGAUGGAUACUGGAAGUGGUUUGCCGGCAAUCUCGCUUCAGGUGGUGCUGCUGGUGCUUGCUCUUUGUUCUUUGUUUACUCUCUGGACUAUGCCCGUACCCGUCUUGCGAAUGAUGCAAAAGCAGCAAAGAAAGGAGGAGGAGGAGCAAGGCAAUUUAAUGGUCUUAUUGAUGUUUACCGGAAGACCUUACAAUCCGAUGGCAUUGCUGGACUUUACAGAGGAUUUAACAUUUCCUGCGUCGGGAUUAUAGUGUACCGUGGUCUCUACUUUGGAAUGUACGAUUCAUUGAAACCAGUGCUCCUUACUGGAAAGUUGCAGGAUAGUUUCUUUGCGAGCUUCGCAUUGGGUUGGCUAAUCACCAAUGGAGCUGGUCUUGCAUCAUACCCUAUUGACACGGUCAGAAGAAGAAUGAUGAUGACCUCUGGAGAGGCCGUCAAGUACAAGAGCUCAUUUGAUGCUUUCUCACAAAUUCUGAAGAACGAGGGCGCCAGGUCCCUGUUCAAGGGUGCUGGUGCCAACAUACUACGUGCCGUCGCCGGUGCUGGUGUGCUUGCCGGUUACGACAAGCUGCAGCUGAUCGUCUUUGGCAAGAAAUAUGGAUCCGGCGGUGCUUAGAGACGCAGCGUUUUUCCAAGAUAAUGACGAAUUCUAUUUAAGUGAACCAUCAGUUUACAAGAAAUUUUUAGACUUGAAUAAUUUUUGGCAGUGGGAGAAUUUUCCGAGCAUUUUUCUAGUGGAGUUUUGUUCUCCAAAACCUCGUUUAAGUUACCCUUGUCGGAUGCUUCUUUUCUUGUUUGUUGGCAGAUGGGUGCAUGCUCCCAUGACUCUGCCUCUCAUUUUUUUUCCUACAAAAUGACGUUGUCAAGAUAUCUCUAGAUUUUUAUAUUGCUAAUUAUGCUUGUGAGUUUCUCUUA